AUGGAAGGUCUGAUUCAAACCAGAGGAAUCCUCUCUCUUCCCGCCAAACCCACCGGAGCGAGAACUCUUCUUCUCCAACCCUCUCACGCCUUAAAGCAAAGACUUUCCACCAGAAGCCUCCCUCCCUUGUCGAUUUCCUCUAAUGGGCACUCCAAAUUUCAAUCCUUUCAUAAGAUUUCGAUUUCCAACAAGGAGAGAAACAGAGGCUUCAUCUGCAAGGCUGAGGCCGCCGCCGCAACCGCCGGAGAAGGAGACUCGACGGCCUUAACGCCUAAGGUUUUCGGCGUGGAGGUCACGACUCUGAAGAAGAUUGUCCCUUUGGGGCUAAUGUUCUUCUGCAUUCUCUUCAACUACACGAUCCUCAGAGACACCAAGGACGUCUUGGUGGUGACGGCGAAAGGAAGCUCUGCUGAGAUCAUACCCUUUCUCAAGACUUGGGUGAAUCUCCCCAUGGCUAUUGGCUUCAUGUUGCUUUACACCAAACUCUCCAAUGUUUUGUCCAAAAAGGCUCUCUUUUACACUGUUAUCGUCCCGUUCAUUGCCUACUUCGGAGCCUUUGGUUUUAUUAUGUACCCUCUCAGCAACUUGAUUCACCCUGAGGCUCUUGCUGAUAAGCUCCUCGCAACGCUCGGCCCUAGGUUCAUGGGUCCUCUCGCUAUCAUGCGGAUUUGGAGUUUCUGUUUGUUUUAUGUCAUGGCUGAGCUUUGGGGUAGCGUUGUGGUCUCAGUUCUCUUCUGGGGCUUUGCCAAUCAGAUCACAACUGUUGAUGAAGCCAAAAAGUUUUAUCCAUUGUUUGGACUAGGUGCCAAUGUUGCACUUAUAUUCUCAGGAAGAACUGUGAAGUAUUUCUCUAACAUGAGAAAGAAUCUUGGCCCUGGAGUUGAUGGUUGGGCUGUUUCAUUGAAAGCCAUGAUGAGUAUUGUUGUAGGGAUGGGCUUAGCCAUCUGUUUCCUCUACUGGUGGGUCAAUAGAUACGUUCCCCUCCCAACACGUAGCAAGAAGAAGAAGGCGAAACCACAGAUGGGGACAAUGGAGAGCUUGAAGUUCUUGGUGUCAUCACCAUACAUCAGGGAUCUAGCUACUUUGGUUGUGGCCUAUGGGAUUAGUAUCAACCUUGUUGAAGUCACAUGGAAAUCAAAGCUUAAAGCUCAGUUCCCUAGCCCGAACGAAUACUCAGCGUUUAUGGGUGACUUCUCAACCUGCACGGGUAUUGCAACGUUCACAAUGAUGCUUCUGAGUCAAUACGUAUUCGACAAGUAUGGAUGGGGAGUAGCUGCAAAGAUCACUCCAACCGUUCUGCUAGUAACCGGAGUUGCGUUCUUCUCUCUGAUACUGUUUGGUGGCCCAUUCGCGCCACUGGUUGCCAAGCUUGGUAUGACACCGCUGCUCGCAGCUGUGUACGUUGGAGCUCUCCAGAAUAUCUUUAGCAAGAGUGCUAAGUACAGCUUGUUUGAUCCUUGCAAAGAAAUGGCUUAUAUCCCAUUAGAUGAAGACACCAAGGUUAAAGGCAAAGCUGCGAUUGAUGUUGUCUGCAACCCAUUGGGGAAAUCAGGAGGUGCUCUAAUCCAGCAGUUUAUGAUCCUUACGUUCGGCUCUCUCGCCAGUUCCACUCCUUACCUUGGAGUCAUCUUGCUCGGUAUAGUCACUGCUUGGCUAGCGGCGGCUAAGUCUCUAGAGGGACAGUUCAACACUCUGAUGUCUGAAGAAGAGCUUGAGAAGGAAAUGGAGAGAGCUUCAUCGCUCAAGAUUCCUGUUGUGUCUCAGGAGGAUGCGGCACCGGGAGAAUCUACUAGCCAACUGCCAGAGAAAUCUGCUCCGACCAGCAUUUAGACAGUGACGAAUUCAAAGGAUAUUGAGAUUUGAUACUUGGGAGGUUUAAAGGUGUUUUGGGCUGAACAAGAUUUUGAUAGUGAGAAGAUCAGUAGAGUGGAAUCAUUUUCUUUUAUGCCAAUAUCAAACUGAAUUUAAUCUGAUCAAUAAUCACUGUACUUUUAAGACAACAUUUUUAAAGAAACUAGUCUAUAUUCUACUCAAUUUAUCACAUGAGUAGUUUAAGGUUUGUACUAAAAUAUCAAAUUCAUUGUUAUUUAAAUAAAUUAUUUAGAUUCUA